AUGAAAAAAGAUCUUGAAAUCGCGGAAAUAGCAGAAGAAUUGGAACGUUCUGAGAAUCUCCGAUUACAAUUGAAUUCUGAAUUAAUGGAUGAGUUAGAAGAAGCGCGGAAGUGUGUCUCACAAUCUGAAGCGAAGGGACAGCAACUUCAGCAACAGGCAGAACAGCUCGCGCAAAAAAACGGCUUGCUUGAAAGAAAAUUGGAGGCGUCGCGAUCUGAGCUUGAAACGAGCAAGCAACAACUGGAAAAAGUGGCGGCAGAUUACAAUUGCAGGUUGUCAAAAACCGAGGAAUUGCUUCAUCAGGCCAAUCAGCGGAAUGAGCUCAUUGAAAGGAAGUUGGAGACCUCAAGAAUGCAGGCGGAGACGUUGAAGCAACAGAUGGAGCAAUUAAAUCUGGACUAUGAAAAUCGGUUGUUAAAAGCGGAAGAACAAGUUGAAACCACUCAGACUGAAUUGAGACAGGCAAGAAGUAAAUUACGGGAGUUUGAAACGGAAGUGCAACAAUUAAUGCAUCAGAAGACUGACUUGGAAAAUAGGCAAAAUGAAUGGCUUCAAACUGAGGCCAUGCUCGAAACAAGACUGAGCAGCUUUGCGCAAGAUUCUAGAAACUCCGAAGAACUCAGACAGAAACAGAACAAAGUCAUUGAACACAUGCAAGAGACAGGAUCUCGAAUAGCGGCAUAUUUGAGAGCUGCGUUAGAGUUGUCAACCGAUUUCGAUUGCGACAAUGAAGUUCAGAACGACCGUAGGUUAUUUUCCAAUCUUAGCAGCCCAGAUUCAACAUAA